AUGGAAAAUAAUCUACGGAUUAUUGGUCUACAAAAAAAGUUGAUUGAAGCUAUUAUUAUGACUAGAUCUGCAAAAGAAUCAGUUCUUAUUCCUCGCAUACUAAUGAUACCAUCAGAUGAUCCUUUCCAAUUCAAGAGAAUGCAGAUUCCUGUAAAAGUAUAUUUUGUCAUGACAAUAAACAAUUUACAAGGGCAAACCUUGAAAUUUGCAGGGAUCGAUUUAAGAGAAGAUUGUUUUCCACAUGGCCAAUUGUAUGUGGCAUGCUCCAGAGUCAGUACGCUCACGAGUUUAGUUAUUUUGCCACCAAUAGAAAUUACAGCUAAUGUAGCUUGUAGAGAAAUAUUAUAUUAA